UUCGCGCCCGGCCGGGCCAGGGCCGCAGCCUCAGCCGCGGGAGCCGCGCAUUGUGCUCAGCGGCGGCAGGUGCCAGGCGGGCCGGCGGGGCGCGCGGCUGCCUCCUCUCCCAGCGGCUCGCCUCGCCGCCUGUCUGGCCCGGGAGUCUCCUCCGCCCGGGCCGGGGGCGAGGACGGCGGAAUGGCCUGAGUGCCGGAGGGGCGGCGGCGCAGCGGCGGGAUCGCAACAUGGGGAACCAGGAUGGGAAGCUGAAGAGGAGCGCAGGUGAUGCCUCCCACGAAGGCAGCGCCACCGAGGAUGCUGCUGGGCCCAGAGAGGUGGACGCCACAAAGAAGGGGAGCGGGGACAGGAAGGCGCCGGGCAAGCAUGGAAAGGGGGGAGGGGGCGGCGGCGCGGAGCCGGGCAAGAGGAAGAGCAAGUCGGACUCCAGAGCCUCGGUGUUUUCCAACCUGCGGAUCAGGAAGAACCUGUCCAAGGGGAAGGGAGCCGGGGGCUCCCGCGAGGAUGUGCUGGACUCCCAGGCCUUGCAGACCGAGGAGCUGGACAGCGCUCACUCCCUGGUCACCAAGACCCCGGACCUCAGCCUGUCGGAUACCGAGUGUGCCCACCCAUUUGAGGUGACCCGUCCAGGUGGUCCUGGGCCAGCAGAGCCUGCGGUCGGGGGCAGGGUGGUCGCCGAGGAUUUGGAAACUGCGGCCGGCGCACAGGAUGGACAAAGGACCAGUUCGGGCUCCGACACGGACAUCUACAGCUUUCACUCGGCUACAGAGCAAGAGGAUUUGCUCUCAGACAUCCAGCAGGCGAUCCGCCUGCAGCAGGAGCUCCACCUUCAGCAGCAGCAGCACCAGGGACCCGAGCAGUCCGCAGCGCUCCCCGCCACCUCCCCCCAGCCCGGGGCCUUCCUGGGCCUGGACCCGCUACUGCUGAGGCCGAGCGGCGCGGCCGCGGAAGCGCGCGGCAGUCCGGACACCGAGCCGGCGCUGUCCGCACUUUCCGACCUGCCCGAGAGCGCGGCGCCCGAGCCCCCGGUGCCCGAGCCGCCGACCCCCGGAGCCGGCACCGCCUCGGAAGCGCCCGGCCUGCCCGAGGCCCAGCGCGCGGACGGCGUCGCUCCCUGGCCCACCGCCUUCCCGUUUCCCGAGCCUGGCCCGGGGCUGGGCGCGGCUAGGGUCCCCGCGCCAGGGGGUGGGGACACGGAUGAGGAAGGCGAGGAGGACGCUUUCGAGGACGCCCCGCGAGGCUCUCCCGGCGAGGAGUGGGGCCUGGAGGCAGGAGCGGCCCCGCAGAGGCUGGACGCAGAGCCCGACGACGGGGAGAGAGCCCCUGGCGCCCUCGCGGCCGCCUCCCUGCCCGGCAGCCCCGCGCCUAGCCCGCGCUGCUUCAAGCCCUACCCGCUCAUCACCCCCUGCUACAUCAAGACCACCACUCGGCAGCUCAGCUCCCCCAACCACUCCCCGUCUCAGUCCCCCAGCCAGAGCCCCAGGAUCAAGCGGCGCCUUGAGUCCGCCCUGCGGGGCCCCAGAGCGGCCCUCGCCCCCUCAGUCGCUCCUGCCAAGAAGCACCAGGUGGACGGCGUCCUCUCUGGCGGCCUUAGCAGCUCCGGGGACUGGAACGUUUUCACAGGGCGGACUCUGUUGGAGAAGCUGUUCAGCCAGCAGGAGAACGGGCCUCCGGAGGAAGCAGAGAAGUUUUGCUCCCGGAUCAUCGCCAUGGGCCUCCUCCUCCCUUUCAGCGACUGCUUCAGGGAGCCCUGUGAUCAGCGCACCCAGUCAAGUGCAGCUCCGUUUGAUCAAGAUCAGCUUUACACCUGGGCUGCAGUCAGUCAACCUACACACUCACUGGAUUACACAGAAGGGCACUUUCCUAGGCGAGUCCCAUCUGUUUGGCCACCUUCAAAGACCCCUGAAGAACACAGGCCCAAGGAUGCUGAAACAGAGGAUGAUGGAGAAUCUCAAUCUGCUGUUUCGGAAACUCCAAAAAAAUGUUCAGAUGCUGUUCAGCAGGAAGUUUUCGAUAUGAAAUCUGAGGGGCAGGCAACCGUCAUUCAGCAGCUGGAACAGACCAUUGAGGAUCUGAGGACCAAAAUAGCUGAACUAGAGCGGCAGUGCCCUGCCGUGGACAUGGAGGUGGCCAGCAGCCAUCAUGGGGUUCAGAACGGAGUGACGCCCUUAGAAGAUAUCUGUCUUGAAGCUCUCAGGUUAGGAGAAAAGGAUGUACGGCAUCCAAGGAUUUUACAAGCGAAGUCGAUCCAGACAUCCCCGACAGGAGAGGGCGGGCUGCCCACACUGCUGUCCGAGAGUGCACUUCCACCAGGUGCCCCGGGUCCCCCAUGCCCACCUGGGGCUGGGAGUGGGCACUCAGCUGUGCCAUCCUCACCUUCUGGACCUCAGACAAAAUUCUGCUCAGAGAUUUCUUUGAUUGUGUCUCAACGGAGAAUAUCAGUCCAGUUGGACGCACAUCAGUGCAGUCAGCCUCCAACCCCUGCAUCCCUUCCAUGUUUUGAGGGCCAAGGACAGGCCAGCCAAGGACAGGCUGGGCCACAGCCUUCCCCACCUUCUCUUCAUCCUGAGUCUGAGCCCAGCCAUGAACACUCUGUUUUCUCCUUUGAAAACAGCCAUAACAUCUCACCCUCACUGCCCCUGCCUUGCACAGAGUCCUCCAGCUCCAUGCCUGGCCUGGGCAUGGUGACUCCCUCCACUCCCCCUCUUCCUGCUCUGCCCAGUACAACAGGCUUCCCACCUCCCCCUCUGCCUGGUACAGAGAUGCUGCCACCCCCUCCCCCGCCUUUGCCUGGGGAAGGAAUACCUCCACCCCCGCCUCUUCCUGGAGUGGGAAUACCCCCUCCUCCCCCUCUUCCUGGAGUGGGAAUAUCUCCAGCACCCCCUCUGCCAGGUGAGGGAAUACCUCCUCCCCCUCCUCUCCCUGGAGUGGGAAUACCCCCUCCUCCACCUCUUCCUGGAGUGGGAAUACCCCCUCCCCCCCCUCUUCCUGGAGUGGGAAUAUCUCCAGCAUCCCCUCUGCCAGGUGAGGGAAUACCUCCUCCCCCUCCUCUCCCUGGAGUGGGAAUACCUCCUCCCCCACCUCUUCCUGGAGUGGGAAUACCCCCUCCCCCACCUCUUCCUGGAGUGGGAAUACCCCCUCCCCCACCCCUCCCUGGAGUGGGAAUACCCCCUCCCCCACCCCUCCCCGGAGUGGGAAUACCCCCUCCCCCACCUCUCCCUGGAGUGGGAAUACCCCCUCCCCCACCUCUCCCCGGAGUGGGAAUACCUCCUCCCCCACCUCUCCCUGGAGUGGGAAUACCUCCUUCCUCACCUCUCCCUGGAGUGGGAAUACCCCCUCCCCCACCUCUGCCAGGUGAAGGAAUACCUCCUCCCCCUCCUCUGCCUGGAGUUGGGAUUCCCCCACCUCCUCCUUUGCCAGGUAUGGGGAUUCCACCUGCUCCAGCUUCCCCUCCCCCUCCUGGAACAGGCAUUCCCCCACCACCACCACCCCCUCUGCUUCCUGGAUCAGGCCCUCCACUCACCCUGCAAACUGGGAGUAGCACUUUACCAACACCUCAAGUGUGUGGAUUUCUUCCUCCUCCGUUGCCAACUGGCUUGUUUGGAUUAGGGAUGCAUCAGGACAAAGGGAGUAGGAAGCAGCCAAUAGAGCCCUGUCGGCCAAUGAAGCCUCUGUAUUGGACCAGAAUUCAGCUGCACAGUAAAAGAGACUCCAGUGCUUCACUUAUUUGGGAAAAAAUUGAAGAGCCAUCCAUAGAUUGUCAUGAAUUUGAGGAAUUGUUUUCUAAAACUGCUGUAAAGGAGAGGAAGAAACCUAUUUCUGACACCAUUACAAAGACCAAGGCGAAACAAGUUGUCAAGUUAUUAAGCAACAAAAGAUCACAAGCUGUUGGAAUAUUAAUGUCCAGUCUUCACUUAGAUAUGAAAGACAUACAACAUGCUGUUGUGAACUUGGACAAUUCUGUGGUUGACCUGGAGACCCUUCAAGCUCUCUAUGAGAAUAGAGCACAGUCAGAUGAACUGGAAAAAAUUGAAAAGCAUGGCCGGUCCUCAAAAGACAAGGAAAACGCCAAGUCUCUGGACAAACCUGAGCAGUUCCUUUAUGAACUAUCACUAAUCCCCAACUUUUCAGAGCGAGUCUUUUGCAUCCUGUUCCAGUCCACGUUUUCAGAAAGCAUUUGCUCAAUUCGGCGCAAACUGGAAUUGCUGCAGAAGUUGUGUGAGACGCUAAAAAAUGGCCCAGGGGUCAUGCAGAUUCUGGGCUUGGUUCUUGCAUUUGGCAACUACAUGAAUGGUGGAAAUAAGACUCGGGGACAGGCAGAUGGCUUUGGAUUAGACAUCCUUCCAAAGCUGAAAGAUGUCAAAAGCAGUGACAAUAGCAGAAGCCUUUUGUCAUACAUUGUUUCCUAUUAUCUUCGAAAUUUUGAUGAGGAUGCUGGAAAAGAACAGUGUGUCUUUCCACUACCAGAACCCCAAGACCUGUUUCAGGCUUCACAGAUGAAGUUUGAAGAUUUUCAAAAAGAUCUCAGAAAACUAAAGAAAGACUUGAAAGCCUGUGAGGUCGAAGCAGGGAAAGUGUACCAGGUAUCCUCCAAAGAGCACAUCCAGCCUUUCAAAGAGAACAUGGAACAAUUUAUUAUUCAAGCUAAAAUUGACCAAGAGGCAGAGGAGAACUCACUGACAGAGACUCAUAAGUGGUGAGAAAUUGAUCCAAUAACAAAGUGAACAAAUAAUAUAAUAUCUGUUCUCAGAAUAGGCUUAUAAAAUAUCUAGUGUG